CCUCUCUCUAUUUUCGGAAGUGAAAUCAGCCGAAUUGUGCGGGGAUUUGGCGGCUGACUACGGUGUGUGAUUGUGUAUUUUGGGCGGUGUUGUUUGGGCAGUGAAAGACUGGGUGGCAGAAUUCGCACAAGGGGCUGUGACAACGGCCUACGGUGGCGUGAGGUUUGUGCCACUGUAUUUUCCGGCGGUGAUGUCUUGGCUGUGGAGUGGUGGCGGGACUGACAGUUAAAAGAGGAGUGGUGGUCAAUUGACGGUGGUUUUGGUGAAGAAAGGACAGUGCAAUUUGAUCCCCCUCCCUAUGUUUCGAUCAUCCAGGUCAAUUUGAAGAAUUCAAUUUUUUUAUUUAGGCACCCAUGUUUUCUACAAGUAUAUAUAUACCAAUCUGCCCCUUCGCCGUAAAUCAUUCGUUCAAAAUUCCCCGGGAAUGAAUGCAUCGUUUCAAAUUUUGGAGCGAAUAAAGCAAUGCAGCAAGCUUCGGCUCUCAAUCCAAGGCAAGAGUCUUCACGCCUUUGUCAUCAAAACUGGCUUAGACCAGCAUCUACCCCUCUAUCCCAACGCGCUCAUAGACAUGUAUGGCAAAUGCGGUCAUCUGAAACACGCCGUCAAACUGUUCGACGAAAUGCCGGACCGAGAUUUAGUCUCUUGGGCAUCAAUUUUCACCGCGCACAAUCAAGCCAACUUCCCCCGGCAAACCCUCUUCUUGUUCUCCCGUAUGUUGUCUAGGGAUGGUCUCCAACCGGACCAUUUCAUCUUCGCGAGUCUCGUUAAGGCUUGCGCUUGUUUGUCCGCCUCGAAACUUGGUCAACAGCUGCAUGCCCAGUUUGUCCUAUCGCGUUUUUCUGAUGACGACGUUGUUAAGUCAUCCCUAGUUGAUUUUUACGCAAAAUGUGGAUUGCCCGAUCAAGCUAGUAAAGUAUUCCACUCAAUUGUGUCUAAGAAUGUGGUUUCUUGGACUAGCUUGGUAUACGGCUACGCAAGGAUUGGAAGGAAAAACGAAGCCCUCGAGCUUUUACAUGACAUGCCUUGCAAAAAUGUUCAAUCUUGGACUGCUCUGAUAUCAGGCUUUGUGCAAGGUGGGCAUUGCACAGAGUCCUUUCGGCUUUUUAAUCAACUGAGAAGUGAAGGAAUCGAUAUUGAGGAACCGUUUGUUCUUUCGAUUUUGAUUGUCGGUUCGUCUAGUUUAGCCAUGUUAGAACUCGGAAAGCAACUUCAUAAGUUAGUCUUAGGUUUUGGAUACGAGUCCAACUUAUACGUCAGUAACGCAUUGAUUGAUAUGUAUGCUAAAUGCAGUGACGUAUUAUCCGCAGAGAAGAUUUUUGGUAGUUUGAGGGAAAGAGAUGUUGUUUCAUGGACCUCUAUUAUAGUUGGGAUGGCACAGCACGGGCGAGCAAACGAAGCACUGUCGUUGUACGACGACAUGACUAAAGCUGGUUCGAGACCAAAUGAAGUGACAUUUACUGGGCUAAUAUACGCAUGCAGUCAUGUCGGAUUAGUCGAGAAAGGCAGGCAGAUUUUCGAAUCCAUGAUUGCGGAUUACGGGUUAAGCCCGUCUCUCCAGCAUUACACAUGCUUAGUGGAUCUCUACAGUCGAGCAAGGCAUAUUGAAGAGGCUGAGAAUGUGCUAAACACAAUGCCGUUCAAGCCCGACGAAGCUGCAUGGGCUGCUUUAUUGAGUGCAUGUAGUAGUCAAGCUGGGAAAAACGAGACAGGGGUUCGAAUUGCGAAUCACUUGCUCCAGUUAGGAGUAGAAGACCCCUCGACGUGUGUAUUGAUGUCUAAAAUUUACGCAAGUGCCACUAUGUGGGAGAGUGUGUCUACUGUGAGAAGAUUGAUGACUGGUAUGGAGUCGAAGAAGAAACCUGGAUACAGCUGCGUUGACUUGGGAAAGGAGAAUGAAGUUUUUUAUGCGGGCGAGACGACGCGGCAUCUUAUGAAAGACGAGAUUGUGGAUUUAUUAAAGGAGUUGGAUUCGGAAAUGAGGAAGAGAGGUUAUAAACCGGACACGUCUUUGGUUUUGCACGAUAUGGGAGAGGAGGAGAAGGAGAGGCAGCUGUUUUGGCAUAGUGAGAGAUUGGCUGUUGCAUAUGGGCUGCUUAAAUCUGCUCGUGGUGCGCCUAUACGUAUAAUCAAGAAUCUGCGUGUAUGCGGCGAUUGUCACACUGUUCUGAAGUUGGUGUGCAGCAUUGUCGGUAGAGAAAUCGUUGUUAGAGAUGCGAAUAGAUUCCAUCAUUUUAAGGACGGAGCGUGCUCUUGUCGUGACUUUUGGUAGUAAUUAAUGCGACUUCUCAAUGACGAGAGCGUGUCGUAUUUGUGAUAUGGUACGAUUUAAUUUAAAUAUAAGCUGCUUAUUUUUUCAGUUGCAACUAUGUUUA